AUGAAAGAAUCCGUGAGCACUCUCAAAACCGAGUUGACAGAGUUUGCCCAUCGCCGUAGUAGCGAAGGACCUUAUGCUGACGAUUUGGAUGUGGAUGUCCUGAUCGUUGGAGCUGGGUUUGGCGGUACCUACCUACUACACGAACUUCGUAAAGCCGGUUAUCGCACCGUCGUGUACGAUGCUGGUACAUCUUUUGGAGGCACUUGGAGAUGGAACAUCUAUCCCGGCGCGAGGGUCGACAGCGAGGUUCCCAUCUACGAACUUCCCAUUCCCGAAGUCUAUAAGGACUGGCACUGGAGCACUAACUACCCCGAUUGGAAGGAGCUACAAACCUAUUUUGCCCAUGCCGACAAAGUUCUUAACCUCUCUAAAGAUGUGGCAUUCCAGACUGUGGUGACUGGGGCAGAAUUCGACACGGACUCUGGAAAAUGGACCGUCACCACAUCUGACGGACGCAAAGCAAAGGCUCAAUUUCUCAUCGCUGCUACCGGAUUCGCAGCCAAGCGCUAUGUUCCGCCAUUCAAGGGCGUUGAUAAGUACAAAGGCAUUAUUCACCACACCUCUUUCUGGCCCAACGAGGGCGUUGAUGUCAAGGACAAAAAGGUCGCCGUCAUUGGAUCAGGUGCCUCGGGUGUUCAGGUUGCCCAGGAAUGGGGGCCAGAGGUGAAGCAAAUGUUUUCUUUCCAGAGAACUCCAAACCUCGCCAUCCCGAUGGGGAAGAAGACACUUUCAAAGGAUGAGCAGGAUGCUCUGAAGGUCACAUAUCCAACAAUCCAUGAGUUCCGUAACCGAUGCUUUGCCGGUUUUCACUACGAUCUCUGCGAGCGCAACACUUUUGAUGACACCCCUGAAGAACGGGAAGCCUUCUACGAGAACUUAUGGCAGAUGGGCGGCUUCCACCUGUGGCUUGCCAAUUAUAAAGAUUACCUCUUCGACGAGAAAGCUAACCGCGAAACUUAUAAUUUCUGGCUUAAGAAACAGCGCGCUCGCGUCAGCGACCCAGUUAAGAGAGACCUUCUCUGUCCACCUGAACCACCUCACCCUUGGGGUGUAAAACGCCCUUGCUUAGAGCAGAACUAUUUCGAGGUCAUGGACCAGAAGAAUGUUACGAUUGUCGAUAUCAGCGAUGAUUCAGGCAACGAGAUCGCAGAAUUCACCGAGAAGGGGAUUAGGACGACGGACGGCAAAGAGUAUGAGGUUGACGUUGUGGCACUCGCCACCGGCUUCGACGUGGUGACUGGCGGUCUAACCCAGAUGGGUCUAAAGUCCAUCAACGGCCAAUACCUUAAGGACGAGUGGAAGAGUGGUAUUAGCACAUACCUCGGCGUUACAAUCGCAGGGUAUCCGAACUUCUUCCACGUCUACGCAGCCCACGCUCCGACGCUGCUGUGCAAUGGACCAUCCUGUGUCGAGGUUCAGGGUCGAUGGAUCCGCGACGCCAUCAACAUGAUAAAUCGACAAAGCAUUAAGUAUGUCAAUCCUACCGACGAGGCGAGCGAUCAAUGGAAGGCAAGGAUUGCAAGUCUCGCCGCCCAAACACUCUUUCCUAAGGCCAAAAGGAGCACGUACAUGGGAGGCAGUAUCCCUGGAAAAGCCCGCGAAUUUGUGUGUUAUCCGGCAGGAUUGGGCACCUAUGGAGCGGAGAUUAGGGGUUGCUUAACAGGAUUCAAGGGUUUUGACGUUGUUAAGGCCUAA